AACCCAUCAAAAUAUUAUACGCGGUGACAGCCUAACAGGCUUAUCAUCAUUAUUUCAAGCAGUGAUUUAUCCCAUUUCAAAUGUCUUCAUAAGUUUGAGCUCAUACUUUCCCGAAGACAGCUCUUUUAUGUUAAUAGAAAGUGAACCACAGAAGUAGGAAGUAGGGAGGAUGUUUUCAAAGUAUGCCCAGUUACUAUGUUUUUACUACAUAGUCUUCAUUGUGGUUUGGAAUAGGCAUGUGGUUUCAUUUUCAGACAUCAGGUCUCUUCCUGGAUUUUCUGCUUCACUUCCCUUCAAGCUUGAAACUGGGUACAUAGGGGUGGGAGAUCUGGAAUUUUUCUAUUAUUUUAUUCAAUCAGAACGUGACCCUUCAAAAGAUCCUCUCAUCCUAUGGCUCACUGGAGGCCCUGGUUGCUCUGCUCUCUCUGGUCUUUUUUUCGAGAUAGGUAAAAUCUCUGAUUAUUUUUGGUGUUUAGUAUCACCGACAGGAGAUUCCAUAGUCACGUGUAAUGAUGUUAAUUUAGGGCCCUUGCAAUUUAACAUGGUGGAGCAUAAUGGCAGCUUACCAACUUUUGCUCUCAACCCUUACUCAUGGACAAAGGUUGCAAAUAUAAUCUUCCUAGACGCACCUGUUGGCACUGGAUUUUCUUAUUCAACGACAUUGCAAGGUUUUGAGACCGGGGAUAAAAGGUUUGCUAAUGAUGGGUAUAAUUUUCUGAGGAAGUGGUUGCAAAGUCAUCCCAAGUUCAUCACAAACUCACUCUAUAUUGCUGGUGAUUCAUACGCUGGGAAAAUUGUUCCCAUCAUUGUUCAUGCAAUAUCAGAUGGCAUCGAAGAUGAGAACUUUCCAGCCUUCAAUCUCAAAGGGUAUUUGGUCGGUAAUCCUGCAACGGGUUCGAAAUAUGAUGACAACUCAAAAAUCCCAUUUUAUAAUCGUAUGGCACUUAUCUCUGAUGAACUUUAUGAGUCAGCCAAAAGGAAUUGUAAAGAAGAAUACGUAGAAGUGGAGAUGAGUAAUGUAAUAUGUGCAAAAGAUCUUCAAGCUAUCUCAGAGUGCAUUGCCCACAUAAACAAGCCACAUAUCCUGGAGCCUGAGUGCCCUAGUGACUUUGAUCCACCGGAUAGUUCGGUCAAUGAAAGGAAAUACUUCCUAGAAACACGUGAAGAAGACUGCCUGCAGGCGCCUGCCGAGUACCCUAAAUUCGGAUGUCGAAACUACAAUACUUACCUUUGCAAGAUUUGGGCAUCUGAUGACAGUGUCCAGCAAGCACUUGGUAUCAGAAAGGGAACAAUCAGAGAAUGGAUAAGAUGUAAUGAAAGCUUACUUUAUGAUAAAGAUGUUGGGAGUGUUUUAGACUAUCAUUUAUCUCUCAAUACAAAGGGUUACAGGGCUCUAAUAUACAGUGGUGAUCAUGACAGACUUGUUCCCUACGUUGGAACCGAAUCAUGGAUUAAGUCCUUGAAUUUGUCCAUUGUUGAUGAUUGGAGGCCAUGGUUUGUUGAUGAUCAAGUUGCAGGAUAUUCGAGAGAAUAUGGAAAUAACUUAACAUUUGCAACUGUAAAGGGAGGAGGUCACACGGCUCCAGAGUUCAAACCGAAGGAAUGUUUUGCAAUGUUCAAUCGAUGGAUUUCCAAAAAAUCUUUAUGAUAAAUUGCUACAUCUUAAUUCCCCAGGAUCUGUCUUAGCACUUUUGGGUUUUCUUAUGCCAUUUCAAAUCUGUAAACAAUGGAGGUUUCAUGCUACAAAUUCAUAAUAAACGAAGCUGAUAUAUUGGACCAAAUUAUAUUUACCAUAUAUAAUCAAAGGUCUUUAUAUAAA